AUGACUCCAGCACAUGGGCGUCCUGAAGCAGGUGGCCCCCUUUUCACCGACAAUAUCGAGUCUGCACCCACGACAGACGUUGGGCAGACGCCAGGCGACACAAAGCCGGGAGCGCAGACAUGCCCAACGCAAGCAGUGUUCGAUGACACCGUGGUGGUGCAGACCCCGGUUGUGACGAGAUGGAUCAUCCUCUUCACCGUCUGCUGGUCCGCAGUCCCCAUGCUGUUCAGCACGUCGGCCGCGUUGGGUGUGGCCCCUGAGGUCGCCGCGACGUUCGGCGUGGACGACACCGUCAUCAGCAGCGCCAACGCCGGCGUUUUCUUUGCCAUGGCAGCCUCGCCCCUCAUAUGGAUUCCGCUCGGCAGGGUGCUGGGCCGGAGGAUAGCCUACCUCGUUGCUGGGUGCCUCAUCUUGAUCAGCGGCAUAGGCACCGCGGUUGCGCAGAGUAUUGCGGUGUAUACGGCCCUGUGGGUUAUUGGCGGAUCGACGGGCGUUGUCUUCCUCGUGUCGGGCCAGACCAUUAUUGCCGACAUCUUUGAGCCUACGAGACGGGGAACGGCUGUUGGCUGCUUCUUGGGGACGACGGUCGCGACGAAUGCAAUUGCACCCCUUCUAGGUGGUGUAAUCACCACAUACACAUCCUGGCGCGUAAUCUACUACCUCCAGACUGGCAUGAUGUGCCUUGGCAUCGUGCUUGCGUGGUUCUUUGUCCCCAAUGAUGUGGUGCCUCGCAUGGACCUGGGAUCCCGAACGGAUAGGCCCACGUCGCAGUGCCUCGUGGAGCUGAUGAAAGCCUUCAGUCCUGUGCCUGUCUUCAAAGUGAUGGGGUUUCCCAACAUUCUACUCGCUGACAUUGCAUGUGGGCUCCUCUCAUUCAACCAAUACGGCCUCCUGUCAGCCAUUCGGUACUCCAUCAAUACUCGCUUCAACCUCACGACCCCUCUCACUAGCGGUCUUUUCUUCCUCGCGCCGGGUGGCGGUUUUCUGUUCGGUAGCACCUUGGGCGGACGCAUCUCAGACCGCACCGUCAAGCAAUGGAUCAAGAAGCGCAAUGGGUUGAGACUACCAAGAGACAGACUACGAAGCGGUCUUGGGGCCAUGUUCGUCGUUCUGCCUGUCGGCACAUUGCUCUACGGCUGGGGUCUUUCAGAGGAAUUCGGUGGCAUGCCUUUGCCCGCCAUCAGCUGUUUUGUUGCCGGUGUUGGUCUCAUGUGGGCUUUCAGUGGUCUCAACACGUACUCUGCGGAGGUGUACCCUGCCUGGAAGACAGAGUCGAUCAGCAGCAAGUACCUCGUUCAGUAUGCAUGCGGUGGCGCGACUAUCGCCAGUCGGAUCCCCAUGAUGGAGAACAUUGGCGUUGGGUGGUCGUUCACGAUAACGGCGCUCACCGGGUUCUGUGCGGGAUUCAUCGUCCUGUUCCUGAUACGCUACGAGCCGGAGACGGAGAAGCGAGCUGCACGUGCUCGUGAAGAAAAGCAAUGA